AAGCACACGAGACUUCGCUGUCUACAGAAAGAUAUUUCGUUGUAGUUGCAGUUAUUCUACCUUUUUUUCGACUGAAGCUGAAUUUGAUUUCGCUUGAGAACAGAGGACAUUGGUCGGAAGGAAAAUGACGGCCUUUCUUCCGCCGAAUCUUCUAGCCUUAUUCGCUCCACGCGAUCCAAUCCCAUAUUUAACGCCUUUGGAUAAACCUGCUUGGUUGAAACGACCAUGGCCGUACUCAGGCAUUGCUAAGUUCGUCAGAGAAUUCGAGGAUCCAAAAGAAACUCCCCCUCCAACACGUGGAGAAACAAGAGAUGAAAAAACAGAACGCAAGAGAAAAGAAAAAAUAGAACGUACUACAAAGUUUCAAGAAGAGCAGAUGGAGCAAUGGGAUCCUCAUAAUGAUGCAAAUGCUGUUGGAACUGAUGCAUUCAGGACACUUUUUGUUGGAAGAAUUAACUUUGACACCUCUGAAUCUAAACUGAGACGAGAGAUGGAGCUGUAUGGGCCGAUCAAAAGAAUUCACUUGGUGCACAAUACAACAAAUGACAAGCCUCGAGGUUAUGCCUUUAUUGAGUAUGAACAUGAACGAGACAUGCACGCUGCUUACAAGCACGCGGAUGGAAAGAAGAUCGACGGUAGGAGGAUCGUGGUAGAUGUGGAGAGAGGUCGCACAGUCAAAACAUGGAAACCAAGAAGGCUUGGUGGAGGACUUGGAGGAACUCGUAUCGGUGGGCCAGACGAGAAUGUAAAGCACUCCGGACGUGUGGAGAAUACAGAAAGAUACGAGGACCGUGAACGCGGCGAAAGGGACAGAGGAGGAGAACGCGAGAGGGAACGAGAGCGCGAGCGCUAUAGGGACCGUGAGCGUGACAAAGAUCGUGAGCGUUACAGGGACCGUGACCGAGAUCGCGAAAGAGACCGUGAUCGUGAUCGUGACCGCGAAAAGGAACGUCGAAAGCACCGAAGUAGGUCACGUGAGAAAGAGCGUGAUAAAGAUCGUGAUCGUGAUCGAGACCGGGACAGGGAAAGGCGACGUGAUCGUGACCGUGAUAGAGACCGGGAUCGCGAUCGUGAUAGGGAAAGGGAGCGCGAUAAAGACCGUGACCGUGAUCGUGACGGAGAGCGAAUCAAGGAAGAACCGAAUGGUGAAUACCCACAGUAUGACAACGACAACCAGAUCGACAACAACAACUUGGAUAUGGUAGAUUAACACGGGUGAAGUUGUAAAAGUCCAUCAUCACCUCUUCACUGACUGACUUAAAAGGAGGCGUGAUAAAAAGCUGAAAUGAAGAAAACUGAUUCGUUGUGUAUUGUUGAAAUCGUUUUAGGUUUAAUUCAAUCCAUCUCCAGGAGUAUUUCGUCACUUUCCUUGUUUCUGAGUAUGCCUUGGCUGGUCAUACAACUGUCACUCUUAACCCUUUACACCCUAACAUCAGUAUGCAUAAUCUCUAAACAUUUUUCUAAGAUGCUGACAUGGAGAAUUUGUCCAACAGUCAAGAGCUUCUUUAGUCGGUGGUUAACUCCUUUAUUCUCCUGACCUUAAUGUUUGAUUCAGUGCUAAUAUGGUGAGGAGAAAUUAGAUGUCAGUCACUCUUAGGGGUUAAAGCCGUUGAUGAGACAACUUGUUGCGCCAACAACAAAAUGAACUUUGUAGGAUAGUUGUAGCAUUUUUAACUUGUAGCUGUACUUUCGCAAAUUUUUGGGAGGCGGCUAGUGUAACGCAAUUAACGUAAUCUUCGUACAUUCUGGGCCAAUAUUCUGUAAUGCUCAGCUGCUUCAGACUUGACGCAUCGGAUGGAAUGACAGACUUGCCGAAAUCAAUGAAGUAGAACUUUAAAGAUGAGAUGAUUUUCAGCAUUCUUGUGCGCGGUUAUAAUUACCUUAUUUAAUUGUACAUUUAUUGUAAUUUCCUCGGCAUUUGUCAUAAGUUUUAUGUUAAUUCAAUAUCAUUAUAACCCUUUAUCAACCAACUUUUAAACAAAACGUCUGGAAUGGACUUGCCGAGUUUAAAUUAAAAAAAUGAGACAAAUGACA